CAGAUGGCGAGUGGGGGAGAGAAAGCACGAGCCACCGGAUAAAACACGGCUGCAAACCCGGAGUGUGGAAUAAACACAGCCAGAGAGUCGAGUGGAGUCGAGUCGAGUGGAGAGACCAGGAGAUCUGUGUGUCAUUCAGUGAUUGUGGAGAGACUGACAACGUGUAAGGGAUGGUGCUGUGUUGGUUAAUGUUGAGUUUGUUUUUUCAAACUCUUCAGGCUCACAGUGAUUUCUUCACAUCGAUUGGUCAGAUGACAGACCUGCUGUACACAGAGAAGGACUUAGUGACGUCGCUGAAAGAGUACAUCAAAGCUGAGGAGAGUAAACUGGAGCAGGUUAAACAAUGGGCUGAGAAGUUGGAAUCUCUAACAGUAAUGGCGAUGGAAGACCCUGAGCGCUUUGUCGGUCACCCGGUCAACGCCUUCAAGUUGAUGAAGAGACUGAACUCGGAGUGGGCCAAUGUGGAGAACCUGGUGCUCAAAGACACUGCUGACGGGUUCAUCUCUAAUCUGACUGUGCAGAGGCAGUUCUUCCCCAAUGAUGAGGAUCAGAAAGGAGCAGCGAAAGCUUUAAUCCGACUGCAGGACACGUACCAGCUGUCAGCCAAAGUCAUCUCUGCUGGAGAUCUGCCUGGUGUUGUCCAUAAGAGUCGCAUGACGGUGGAGGACUGUUUCGAGCUGGGGAAGGUGGCGUACUCGGAGUCCGAUUACUACCACACCGAGUUGUGGAUGGCGCAGGCUCUCAAACAGCUGGACGACGGAGAGGACUCUGCCGUGGACAAAGUGACCGUCUUGGACUACCUCAGCUACGCCGUCUACCAGCAGGGCGAGUUAGACCGAGCGCUGGAGCUCACCAAGAGGAUGCUCAAACUGGAUCCCACUCACCAGCGCGCCAACGGAAACUUGAAGUAUUUCGAAGUCCAGCUGGAGAAGCAGAGGAAAGCAGAAGCAGCUUCAGAAGGUGAAGCGCGUGAGAAGAGACAGGUGAAUAAAAGAGACGUGCAGAUGAAGCGCUCUAAAGACCCGCUGCCCGAGAGGAAGAGAUACGAGCAGCUGUGUAGAGGCGAGGGCGUGAAAAUGACUCCUCGUAGGCAGAGCCGUCUCUUCUGUCGCUACGUCCACGGCAAGCGCAAUCCUCGUCUGCUAUUGGCUCCCUUCAAACAGGAGGACGAAUGGGACCGCCCCCACAUCGUCCGCUAUCAUGACAUCAUCUCCGACUACGAGAUUGCAAAGAUCAAAGAGCUCGCCAAGCCCAGGCUAAAGCGUGCUACAGUACAUGACCCCGCUACGGGAAAACUCACCACGGCUCAGUACAGAGUCUCCAAAAGUGCCUGGUUAACGGGUUACGAGCACCCAGUGAUCGACAGGAUCAACCAGCGCAUCGAGGACGUCACGGGCCUGGACGUGCUCACAGCCGAGGAGCUUCAGGUAGCAAACUACGGUGUUGGAGGACAGUAUGAGCCGCAUUUCGACUUCGGCAGGAAAGAUGAGCCGGAUGCGUUUAAAGAGCUUGGCACAGGGAACCGAAUCGCUACCUGGCUGUUUUAUAUGAGUGACGUGGCAGCAGGUGGCGCUACAGUGUUCACAGAUGUUGGAGCUGCAGUUUGGCCUAAAAAGGGAACAGCAGUAUUCUGGUAUAACCUUUUCUCCAGUGGUGAGGGAGAUUACAGCACGAGGCACGCCGCCUGUCCUGUUCUGGUUGGCAACAAGUGGGUGUCGAACAAAUGGAUCCAUGAGCGAGGGCAGGAGUUCAGGCGACCUUGCGGCCUCAGCGAGACGGAAUGACGAAAAGAAAACCUGUCCUUUUCCUCCUCCUCCAUCCUUCACACCCUCAAUACACUGACAAUCUCUUGUUUGCUUUACUCUUUAGUCUUAGAACGACCACGAGUCACACACGCACACACACACACACACACACACACACACACACACACACACACACACAAAUGUCCAGCUGUAUGUGACAACAGAUCUAACAGCUUAAAGCAGUCAAAACAUUAACCACUGAAGAAUUCAAGCACUCCAAACAUAAAAUAAAUAAAGAAAUAAAACCCAAACAAGUUUUUUUUUUCUUAUUUAAGAGUUCAAGUCUGACCAACAGAGCCGUUUUAUAUAUAGAAAUAAAUCAGGGUUUGAGCUUUUAACCAGACAGUGAGGCAUUCUUACAAAACUCAAAUUCCUGGUGUGUCCAAAGUUUUUUUUCCCUGUUACUGGAUUUCAAUUUUAUUUAUCUGAAGAGGUCAAAACUUUAUAUGUGUUUUUUUCUUUGUGUCUAUGGUUUUUUGAAAAGUGUCAUGUUUUCUGUGUUAAUAAAAUAUUGUGCCUUU